GCGCCGGCAGGACGCAGGCAACACGAUGCGAUUGACAGCGAUAACAGCUAAAAGACGCCAAAGACGCCGUUCACGAUGCUGCUGGAGGAGGAUCCCGCUACUCUCAUCCACCAUACAAUAGCCAACUUCAACAUCCAGCCGGACAAGCUUGCGCUGGCUCGGAUCAACGACUCGCUCUCGUCUCUGCAGCAGUCGCGAGAUCUGCGCUUCCAGGAGGUCGAGAACUCGCUGCGGAAGCUCUCGCGGCAGCUCAGCACGCUCAACGCCCAGCACAAGGAGACCGUCGAGUCGCAUGAUCCCGCCCGCCAUGCUGCGUCCAUCGUCGAGCUGGACACCGAGAAGUUCCGCAUAGCAAAGGCUGCGUCCGAGCUGGAGAUCGAGAGCGAGCGGCUGGAGGCUCAGCUGGAGUCGUUGAAGGCCCGGCUGGCGGAGCUGGAUGCGCAGGGCCUCGAGGGGGACGAGCAUGCCAGGAGGGAACGCGAGGCCGACGAUGCUACCAUACUACGGCUGAAGAUAUACCGGUCCCUGGGCAUCGAUGUCGACACGGACGAGGCAGGGAACUACAACAAGGCUAUCAUUCGCAACAGCCGAAAGGGAGACGUCCACGUCGUGAACAUCGAUCCCAAGUUCUCACGGUUCUUCUAUGCGAACUACUUCUGGCAGGCCAUGUAGGGACCUCGCACGACCGGAUGUGAUAUCAGCCCACAGCAUCACGAAACACAUUAUGACCUGGACGGAGUUGGCCUCGUUUUGAUACCCACGGAGGAG